AUGAAAGUCAGUCAGUUCGGUUGGGUUUUGGCUUUAAUUCAAUUAGCCAUCGAUGUGGUCGAUAAUACGGAUUCGUUUUUCGAGGAAUUCAGUUCAAGUGAUAGGAAAGUUGUGGCUUUCAUUAGGAACAUUCAUGUGUUCGGGGAGUCGAACUACAUGAAGGCUAAAGCGGAAAUCAGCGAAGAUCGCACCCACUUUGAUCUAAGAGUUCAAAUGGUCCACGAACUGGGAAGCAAUCAUUUGGUAAUGAAUAUCAAGGUGCGCGUGAAGCCCGAUGGAACUAAUGUUUUUAUCCAAUUAUUUGAAUUGCGACGGAUUAACUUUUGUGAGUUUCUCAAAGAAUACAACUCGAAUCCGGUGAUGAAAAUGAUGUUUAGGAAAAACAUGGCCUUGAGCGAGUUAAUCGAGUGCCCCGUUCGAGUGGGAAACUAUUCUUUGUUGAACUCCGAUGUGGCCGGAAAUAUUCAAGCAGAAGGGGUACAGAAUGGCACCUACAAGUUCUUUGCCGAAAUAGUCGAGGAAAUCGGAGAGAUUGCCAAAGUAUUUGCCUUGCAAGUCACCUCAUCGGUUUAUGUUGUUAACAAGGAAGUUGAGUGUAGAGUUCGUAGGAGUGGAAUUGAAUGUGAUGAAAUCUAA